GUGUGAACGGAAUUGGACGGCAAUUUGCAGGCUUAAUCUCCCUUCUUUGUUCUUGUUGUCACGCCCGAGGCCGCUCUACUUGUCUGUCGGUUUUCUCUUGACAUAGACGUCGGUACUGCAUCCCCCUCUUCCCUCCCCCACGCCCCCUCUCCAGGAUGCCGCACAAGGCGCCCAAACCGCGAAAAGAUGUUUCGCAAGCCAACGGAGCCGCGCCCUCCGUGGUGCAGGUCUACACCGACAUCGAAGAGCGCCGACUCAAGGAGUGGGAAAACUACCAAAAGUCGCACCGCUCCAUGGAGGAGGCAAACGCGAAUCGCGUGUUUCUGGACAUCGCGAUUGGUGAGGCCCUCGCCGGACGUCUCGUCGUGGAGUUGUUUGACGACGUUGUGCCGGAGACUGCGGCGCGCUUUCGACGGUUGGUCACCGGCGCCGACGGCGUGCACGACGCCACGGAUGUCAAGUUAGAUUAUCUUUACACUCCACUGGAACUGAUUGAUAAAGCUCGUGGGUACGCCCGCUUCGGCGACCUGCUCGCGUACGGGGUUCAGUUGGAGCCUUUGCGCCAGGAGAACUUCAAAAUUCGCCACACGACGCGUGGGCUGUUGACGAUGACUUCCUAUGGACCGCACCUGUGCAACACCUCGUUUGGGAUUACGUUAGCCCCCGCCCCUUCUUUGGAUUACGAGCAGGUGGUCUUUGGCAAGGUGGUGGACGGGCUGCCGUUGUUGGAGAAGUUAGAAGCGAUGCCGGUCGACGCGGUGGGGCGCCCUCUUUUACCGAUGUACAUCGUGCUGUGUGGCACGUUGACCGGAGACCGCCCACCAGGGAAGUGGACGGCGACGCAGGAGCAGGGCGGCGACGAAGAGGAUGCGGGUAUGGAUAACACUGAGUAG